AUGAGCACCACCGAGCCCGCAGCAGAAGCAGCAGCAACGCAGCAGCCAGCAGCAGCAGCAGAAACAGAAGAAGAAGCAACAACAGCAGCAGCAACAUCAGCAGCAACAGCACAACCAGAAAUACAAGACGCAGAUGCCUCUCCUCCUGCUGCUGCAGCAGUAGCUCCAGAGGGGGAUGGAGACACCCAGCCUGCUGCUGAUGCUGCUGCUGCAGCACCUGCUGCUGCUGCUGAUGCAGCAACAGCAGCAGCAGGAGAGCAAGACAAUGACGCAGCAGAGGGUGGGAGUACCAGCAAUGAGGAGACGCAGCGGGAACGGCGGCAGUCGGCAGCAGCAACAGCAGCAACAGGAACAGCAACAGCAACAAAGGGGCAGCAGCUGCAGCAGCGGGCCCUUCAUCAUUUCUUUCCCUCCUGCCCGCCGCCUCCCUCCCCUAAGAAGCCAGCCAAGAAACGCACGAAACAGCAACAGCAACAACAGCAGCAACAGCAGCAACAGCAGCAACAGCAGCAGCAGCAGCAGCAGCAGGAAGAGGGGAUUGUGCUGUCCGAUGCAUGCGAUGUUGUAAUAUCAACCCCUCCAAGGGGUAAGAGGAAAAGCCGCAUGGUGGAUGUGUCUGCUGCAUCUGCUGCUCCUGCUGCUGCUGCUGCUCCUGCUGCAGCUUCGCCAAGAAGCAGCAGACACGAUGGUGCUUCUGCUGCAGCUGCUGCACCUGCAGCUACUGCAGAUGCUGCUGUUGAAGACGAGCCAACGGGCCCCAAGAGAAGCCGCAGGCUCAUGCAGGCCAGAAAGGCAUCUGCUGCUGCUGCUGCUGCUGCUGCUGCGGCAGCAGCUGCAGCAGCUGCUGCUGAGAGCUCCGAGAGGUCUGGUAAAGGUCAAAAGCGACUUCCUCCUGUUGCUGAUUCUGCGAGUGUUGAGACUAUAGAUGUUGACGACGAUGGCCAGGAGGAGCAGCAGGAGCAACAGCAGCAGCAGCAAAAACAACAGCAGCAGCAAAAACAACAGCAGCAGCAAAAACAGCAGCAGCAGAAGGAGCAGCAGGAGCAGCAAAAGGAGGUACCCCAAGAGAGGCAAGGACGUCGCGGAGGGAAUAGUCGGGAGCUUACUGGCCCUUGGAGCCAAAUCUUUGGGGGGCAACGCAAGGCAGCAGCAGCAGCAACAGCAGCACCAGCAGCAACGCGAGCUUCUCCUCGGGACAGGAAAGCGAGAGCUAGUACAGGUUCUAUUCGCUCGCCUGCAAACAGCAGCAGCAGCAGCAGCAGUAGCAGCAGCAGCAGCGGCAGCAGCAGCAAGACAUCCUCCCGAGGGGCUUCUUCUAAGGCGCCGCACCAGUCGUCGAAGCAGCAGCAGGACGCAGAGAGUUUGCGUCGGCAGCAGCAGCAGCAGCGGCAACAGCAGCAGCAGCGACAGCAGCAGCAGCUUCAGCAGGAGCAACAGGAGCGUUUGCGCUUGUUGCAGGAGCAGCAUGCAGCAGCAGCAGCAAGUCGCCAAUGGUUAGAUAGGCUUUGUUCUUUGCUGCUUCCUUCUGUUGCUGCUUCUGCUGCUGCUGCUGCUGCUGACACCCCCUCCCCCUCUACAUAUCUCCAGCAGCUGCUAGCAGCAGCACCUGAGGGGCCCUCCUGCUGGGGUGCAUGCAGAGGUGCUCCUAGUGUAUAUCUAUCGGGGCCCUUUGUCUUUACAUCAGAAGCAGCUCUUCGUGCUGCUAUCGAGGCAGCAGGUGUAUUGACAACUCGGUGUCGGCGGCGAGCCCGAUGGACAGUAACGGGGUGUCUGGCCCCCUCUGAUUCUACUGCAGCAGGGGCAGCAGGAGAAGCAGCAGCAGCAGCAGCAGACGGAGAAGCAACUAUCAGUGAGUCACAGGUACUAGAGGCCCUUGGGGUGUCUCUUGAUGCUGCAGCAGCAAGAUUCUCUCCUUUGCAUCACCGCAGCUGCCAGCCUCUUGCUGCUAUCGUUAACCAAGCUCUUAAUGGUGUGCUGCAGCAGCGGCAGCAGCUGCUGCAGGAACAGCACCACCAGCAGCAACAACAACAACAGAAGAACGAACAGCACCAGCAGCAACAGCAGCAGCAGCACCAAGAGGAAAAGGACCUCCCAGAGGACCGUGUUAAGUCACAGCCAGCAGAAGAUGCAAUGCAAGUUGACCAGCAGCACGAGCAGCAGCAACAACAGCAGCAGCAGCAGCACUUGCAGCACAAGGAAGAGAUUAAGACAAAAGUUGAGCAGCAGGAAGAGCACAUGCAGCAAGACGAGGGAGAGGCAGAAAAGGAGAACAAGUUAGUUCAGUGGGAUCAGCAGCAGCAGCAAAUGCAGCAACAGCAGCAGCAGGUACAGCAGCUGCAGCAGCAGCAGCAGCAGCAGGUGGCUGGAGGGGGAUUAGAUUUGCUGUUCUUAAGGGAGACAUGGCCUGUAGCUUUUAGGCCCGUGUCUGCUGCAGAGAUAGGAGGGCAUGACGAUGCUGCUGCUGCUCUUCAUCAGCUGCUGUCUGCUGCAGCACGAUCGUGUGCUGCUGCUGCAGCUGCUGCAGCUGGGCAGCCCGUAACAACGCUAGCUGCCUCAGCUACCGCGGGAACAACAGCAGAUGCAGCCGGGGCAGCAGCAGGUGUAGCAGCAGCAGGAAGAGAAAAGAAGAAGCGUCGUCUCCGUGCUAAUGAGGAUACAGCAUGCUCCCCUCCUGGUGUAUUCGUUGUCGUUACACCCCGUGGCUGCUGCAGCAAAGAAUUAAUUAAUCUUGCUGCUUUAGCUUCUUGUUUUGCUGCAGCAGAAGAAGAGACAUUAAGAGAAGCAACACAUAUAGAGGGACUCAUGCAGGCUCUCCCUACCACAGCCCCUGCAGCAGGAGCUGCAACAACAGCAGCAGCAACAUCAGCAGCAGCAGCACCUGCAGCAGCAGCAGCAGCAGCAGAUCAAGGAGACACGCCGCUGCAGCCGCUUGUACGUCUUAGUAUUUAUGACUUAUGGUCGCUGUCAAAGAAGCAACUGCAGCGGCUGCUGCUGCGGCGACGGGAAGGGGGCCCCCGGGGCCCCUUCGCGCAAGGGGAUGGUCCUGCUGCUGAUGCUGCAACAGCUGCUACUGGUUCAUCUGCAACGUCAGCUGCAGCAAGAGCUGCUGCAGCAAAUGCAGCGUCAGCUGCUGCUGCUCCUGAUGUAUGUAUUGCUGUAUGGAGGGACGGGGAGGAUGCUGCUGCAGCACGAGCAGCAGCAGAGAGCCUUAUAGAGGAUGCCCUUAAGGAUGCUGCUGCUAAGUCGUCGGGUCGUGGUGGUAGUAGUGGUGGUGCUGCUGCAGGCAGGCAGCAACAGCAGCAGCAGCAGCGCAGCAAAGGUGCAUGUACACCCGAUGAUGAUGCAGCAGACACAUGGAGAAACCUAGUUUCUUUUGUUGAAUUGUCUAAACCCCCAAGGGAAGCACUGAUACAAAGACUAAUAGCUAUCCUUAAGGGGGCCCUCUGUAUACAAGUAGACCGCCGCUUUGUGGGUCUUGUGUUAGAUGGUGUGGGGCCACACAAGGAGCAGGUGUCUCCUCCUCUUGAAGCAGCACUUAACUGUCUCCAUAUUGUUAUGCGCACCCAUCCUUAUCUGCGUCACUUGCAUGCACUAGCAGCAGCAGCAGCACCUGCUGCUGCUGCUGGAGCAGUGGGAGAUACCUCAGGGGACGGGAAACUUUCCGUGUCGGCAGCAGUAGCAGCUGCUGCUGCAUCAGAUGCAGAUGCAUCAGGAGAUGCAGAUGCAGCAGUAGUAGAAUUAGCCACACCAACACCAGCAGCAACAUCAGCAGCAGCAGCAACAGCAGCAGCAGGCAUAUUAUUGCCAUACGAAGUGCCACCUUGGACGGAGAGUGUUUGUGAGCAGCAGCAGCGGUGGCAGCAGCAGGAGCUGCUGCUGCAGCACUUUGUUAUUCCUCCUUUAGAGAAGCCUCUUGAGCUGCCGUGGGGACUAGCGGAGGCCCCGCUGCUGCCAGCAUGGCGACUGCAGCGCGGCAGCAAAGGGCAGCAGCUGCAGCUGCUGUCGCUUUUAAAUAUACAAGCAGGAGACAUAUUAGUCGCCCCUUUGCAUGCAUUAGAUCUGCUUUAUUGUAAGCUUAUGGCAUGGAGAGAGGAGGGGCCCCUGGGGGGGGCCCUGUCUUCGGGGGCCGGUGCUGCUGCUGCUGCCGCUGACCCACAGGAGAUCAGGAGACAGCGCAUGCAGCACAUACGCAGCAUUUUAAAGGCCUACCUUGCUGCAGCAAGGGCCCUCAAGUGGAUAGAAGUGGCUGGAGGGCCCCUAGCAGAUGCAGGGGACCAAGCAGCAUGCAGUUUGAACAUGGAGGGGAAGGCAGAGAGAGGGGGCCCUUCGUCUUCCUGCAGCACGGAUGCAUGCACGUUUGCUGCUGCUGCUGUAGGCAAGAUGGCUCCCUUAUGUCUGUCACCUGUCCCUUCUCCUGCUGCUGAAUCUGCAUGUGACCUCGUAGGAGAGCUUACACUAGGGGCUGUUGCAUUGCUGCAGCACGGGGAUCUACCAGGGGCUCUGCGGUGUCUAGACAACGGAUCUGCUGCUGCGCUGCUGCAGUGCAGGCGCCUUCAGGCCCUCGCGCUGCAGCAGCGGCUCACCUCCCGCAGACGCAUGCAAAGAGCCGCAGAGGGGGCCCAAAGGGCAGUUCUGGUCGCCCAGAGACUUACUUCCCUGGCCGUCAGCAGCUUAGCGGCAGCUACAGCAGCAGGAAGCGGUAAGCAACACCAGCAGCAAUUAAGCUCCGUUGACCUCCCUACAUCGCCUACCGACUCUGUGGAGAUCGUUGACGCGGAUGAUGCGAACAGCACGAGCUGCAUGUACUGCUCAGAAGCCGUUGCAGCUGGGGACGACGCAACCGGAGCAGCAGGAGCAACAGAAGCAACAACAACAACAGCAGCAGCAGCAGGUCCAUGGGGCCUCACCUUCCCUGAAGAAGAGACAGACAUAAUGGGGACACUAGAAAGUUAUAAUCAAUUGGGUAUCUUCUCUUUUGCUUCAGUGGAUACUUUGCUGCACUGCGGAGACGAGCUGCGGCAGUCGUUGCUGGAGCGUGCAUCAGAGAAGCAGCAGCAGCAGAGGCAGCAGCAGCAGAAAGCAGCAAGCAGAAGCAAAGCAGCAAGAAGCGGGGGGAGAAACAAGGUAACUUAUCUCGACCCUCAAGCUCGAUUAGAGGUCAUCCUCGCAGCUCUCGAAGGCUAG